GUAUUCAGUCCCAUGCAGUGUCUCAUCACUAGAAAAACACUCGCAUCACCACCUGUGUGCUGUGCGCUAGUAUCCCACAUGCAAGCGGGACUACCGAUAUGUCUGAUCUCCCCUCAGUCUAAUCAUCCCUCACUGAGUCGUUCACCUACAUGCAGUGUGCGCUCGCACGUAUCCACACACAUAGAAACCAUUUGUCUGUCGCAUCCCUUCCUCCCUCCCUCCCUCGCUCCCCCAUUUCGCCAUCUAGCUGGCGCUAGCUGGCUGAACGGUCCGCGAGAGCUGACUUGGGGUACGUGUGUAGAAAGGCCCUCUUAUGUCGAGCUGCUGCGGCCGUUGCCUCCUGCCUGGCCGCCGCUUCCAUCAGAAACAGACUGGAAGGGAACAACCACAUAGGCGGCUGCACCAAUGCACACACAUGCAAGCGCACACAUGACGCACCUGAUCAACCAUCUCUCCCGCAGUCAGAUUCCUACGUUGUUUGGAUGAAAGUGCGCCUCCAGCCGGUCAGUCUCCUCCUUCUCAAACAGGGCUUCAAGCUCCGUGACGCUCGCACCGUCCCUCUCGAGCACUGCGGCCCUCAGGUAGGUCACCAUUAGCCGCUGUAGAUGUCCAUGUGAUUCCGUCGUGGCCUGGAUGGCUUCCAGGACCUGCAGCGCGGAGAUGCGACGGCCGGGCCUUUCCUUCUCAGUGAGAUGGUCGCUUCGGUCGUAUUGGUCUUCUCCCUCACCCCUUGCACAAGCGUCGAAAGAGACCUGCCGUUGGCAAGGCCGGCGAGAGACCUGAAUGACAGAAAGAGACAGACCGACGGUGCAGAGCAUGCUCAUCCCGGUGCGUACGUGUGUGUGUGUGUGUGUGUGUGUGGCGUACCUUGUGAAGGCGACCAACAGCUGGCCCUGUGGCCAGAGGUCCUCAGGCUCUGGGAGAGCCAUCACUCCGCCCCAAUUGCCAAAUCUCGCCUCGACGACAUGCUCAAGUGUCGCAUGGGUGUCGGCGAGGUCCUUUACGGUCUCCAUACGCUCAAAGUCCGUCUUCUGUUUGACCUCCUGCGCGUAGUGCCGCGCCAUGGACGCGUUGUUGGUGAGCAUGCCGAUCACAGCCAGGAAGUGAU